GUUCCUUUGUAUGCUGUGCAUAUUUUCACCCUGUUUUCUGCUCUUCGUUGCACCGAAAUGUGGAUUUUCAGCGGCCGACGUAAAGAUCCCAGGUCAGCGGCCGGAGGGGAGCGGAGCGGCUGGAAGCUGGGCUGUCCUGGGAAAUAAAAAGUUCGGCUUGUCAGAAGACUCAGCAGAGAAAUGGAUCUCAUCAGGAGAGGAACGGCCUGAACACGGAGAAGUGAGCUCUGUUGGUCUUAUCUAACCAGCCAACACUCUCAUCCCUUGGAAACAGUGAGGCCUCAAAACAAGCUCCAAUAGAGUUGACUCAGAUUCACAGGAAGGAACAGAACCAGCCGUCUCAGCAUGACAGACAGAGUGAGUUUCAACGCUCCCAAAGUCACCCCCCGCCCGGCCGCGCCUCCUGUGCUCCCACCUGAGCCAAUUGAUAUCAUUCGCACCAAAGCUCGCUCUCGGCGAGUCCACCUCAAUGUAGGUGGUCUCAGUCAUGAAGUGCUGUGGAGAACACUGGAUCGCCUGCCUCGAACCCGUCUGGGUCGAUUAAGAGACUGCAACACCCAUGAGUCACUGCUGGAGAUUUGUGAUGACUACAGUCUCCAUGAGAAUGAAUAUUUCUUUGACAGACAUCCAAUGGCUUUCUCCUCCAUCCUCAACUUCUACAGAACAGGGAAGCUGCACAUGAUGGAGGAGAUGUGCGCUUUGUCCUUUGGUCAGGAGCUAGACUACUGGGGAAUUGAUGAGAUCUACCUAGAGUCCUGUUGCCAGGCGCGGUAUCACCAGAAGAAGGAGCAGAUGAAUGAAGAGCUAAGAAGGGAGGCUGAGACGCUGAGAGACAAGGAUGGAGACGUUGAGGAGCAGGGCUGUUGUCCCGACCAAAGACAAAAGCUUUGGGAUCUCCUGGAGAAACCCAGUUCCUCUGUUGCUGCAAAGGUCCUGGCCAUGGUCUCCAUCCUGUUUAUUAUCAUCUCCACCAUCUCAUUAUCUCUCAACACUCUGCCAGAGCUUCAGGUUGUUGAUGAGUUCGGCCAGUUCAAUGAUAACCCCAAUCUAGCCCAUGUAGAAGCAGUGUGCAUUGCCUGGUUCACUAUGGAGUACCUGCUUCGGCUGCUGUCAGCACCUAAUAAAUGGAACUUCAUCAAAGCACCACUGAAUAUCAUAGAUUUGCUGGCUAUAUUGCCUUAUUAUGUGACCCUCUGCCUAACUGAGUCUAACAAGAGUGUCCUGCAGUUCCAGAAUGUGCGCCGUGUUGUCCAGAUUUUCCGUAUUAUGAGGAUCUUGAGGAUCCUUAAACUUGCUAGGCAUUCAACAGGACUCCAGUCCUUGGGUUUCACAUUGCGAAGAAGCUAUAAUGAGCUGGGUUUGCUGAUUCUUUUCUUGGCUAUGGGCAUUAUGAUCUUCUCUAGCUUAGUAUUCUUUGCUGAAAAGGAUGAGGAUGCAACUAAAUUCACAAGCAUCCCUGCCUCCUUUUGGUGGGCCACUAUUACAAUGACAACUGUUGGAUACGGCGACAUUUAUCCACAAACCCUGCUUGGCAAAAUUGUAGGAGGGCUUUGCUGUAUAGCAGGUGUGCUAGUCAUUGCUCUUCCCAUCCCCAUAAUUGUCAACAACUUCUCAGAGUUCUACAGAGAACAGAAGAGGCAAGAAAAGGCUAUUAAGAGAAGAGAAGCCCUUGAAAGAGCCAAAAGAAGUGGAAGCAUUGUUUCGAUUAAUUUGAAAGAUGCGUUUGCCCGUAGUAUGGAACUCACAGACGUGCUGGUAGAAAAAAAAGAGGAAAGCAAAUGUCCAGUAGAUAACCACCUGUCCCCUAGUCGUUGGAGCUACCACAAACAUUACUCCAAUACAGAUGUCAGUAGCCCAGCAAAGUCCCAGCCAUACCAAGAGGUCACGCAGUGGGCUUCCCCUGGAGCAGGAAAACCACUGUUGAAUAAAACUUCUCCUCGACACCUUCCUGCAAAGCAACUUGCAGGAAGUUCUUACAACAAGACAGGAAUCACCCAGGAGCAGCAAGACAAAUGUAUAGAAGAGCCAAUAAACAUGGAUAUUUUGACCUCUAGUCAAACCCAACCGGCUUCACCUAAAGUCGGCAAUAGGGAGAAACUUGUUGGUGUGGUUGAUUCUUCAGGUGAAAAAGAGAAAAAAAGCUCUUUGUUACCAAGUGUAGUGGAAGGUCAAUGUAGUCUGAGGCACUCUAUCCCCCCUCCCUUAGAUUUAAGUCAAAUCAGCACAAUGGAAGCAUGUCAACGCCUGGACAGUGACCAACCAAUGACAAUAAUCAAAGAGGGUUUGUAUGAAUUUGUGUCCACUCCCCAAAGAUCAACAACUGAAGAAAAGCCAUUGUUACCACAGAGAGUGAAUGAUUAUAGCAGUCCUCCAACAAUUACAACUUUAAAUGUGGACUUCAUUGGAUCGGAAGGUGAUGUUCUUACAGCAAUUAUGACACCAUUAGCAACCAAAGACUCCACUAGCUCACCCAAGGUUGAUCAACUACUUUCGGAAGAUGUGUUUUCUAUGUUCUCUACUUCUCCCAGUUCUGCUACACCUGACACAGUGUCUGUGCUAACAAUACCACAGUCUCCAUCCCUGUCACAGGAGUCUGCCCGCCCUGUUGGGGAGAGUUCCAUAAUCAGGAGCUUAGAAGGUGAAGGGCAGCACACAAGCUUAAGCCAGCAGGGGAAGAAUCACAUGGAAAGGGCUGCUACUGGCUCUAGCUCAGCUAAAGCAAGCCCACUCAACUGCACAAAUGAGCUAGUGACUAUGAGAGAGGCAGAUGGAGGAGGAGACACAGAGGGUAAAGGACAAGGACAGGGUGGGGAAAAACAAGAAAAUCACAUUGCUUUGGAUGGAAGUUUGACACCACCCUGUGAAACAAGUAUGUGAGCUCAAUGAUAAGGAUAGAUUGAAAGCAGAGAUAGAAGAAACACAUAAAUAAAAAGAAACAAAAGCUUGUGGAAUGCAUGGUCAUGACUUUGUUAAGAGUGAUGGAUGGUUACCUGAUUGAGACCUCCUCCAUGUUCAAAAGGACACUGAACGCACAAAUUGUGGAAGCACAAACAUAGAUGUUAUUUAAAGAAAGAAAAAAAACUUCUGUUCUGUCAAUUUUAAUGAGCACCAAUUUUGUUUGUGUUCUAAUUGCUUGAAGACAAACCUGUACAAUGACAUGACUGAGAACAACCAAUGACGAACUGCUAAUUUUGUAAGACUCAGAGGAAAGCAAAACAACGCCUUGAGUAAAUGAAAAUAUUUGUGAGUGUCAUGAUUUUUUUUGUUUGAAUGCAAUUUUGUCUGUUUGGAAAAAGAGAGUGGAAUUUCACUCUUGUUUUCUACUCUGCAGUUUUUGCUUAGAAUGGGUAACAGGUAACAGUAAAAGCAGGAUGACAUUUUAACUUUUGAAUUUGUCAAUGCAACGUUAACACAUAAAUUCAACAAAUGUAGAAAAUCAUUCAUCACGUAAUAUACUCUACGGUUGGUCUUCCCAUCUGUUGGUGAGUGAAUUAAAGACGUAAGCAUCUGAGAAAUACAGUACAUGUGGGGUUGAUGACUUUGUUCUGUUUUAUGACUAUUUAAAUUUUUUUAACUUUUUCUAUCGUUCUCUUUUUGUAUAAUCCUGUACCGACAGAGAACUGAAUCUUUAUGAUAAAAUAAGCAAAAGGAGCUGUAAUCACUCCUGUAUUCAUCACUGUAUGCACACUUUUGAAAACGGAAUAUCCAGCAUCAUAUUUCUGACAGGCAACAUCAAUAAUAAGCAACCCUGGAAAUUAAAAAUGCAACAAAUCUACAGUCAUUUUCAAUAAAUCAGAAUAUGUGUUACA